AUGAUUAUGUUUUUCGUACUUUUUUACAAAGAUAUUGACAAAAGUUGUUAUUCAAGUGAUGGAAAAAGCCUUUCAAAAGUUAAUGAUGCAUCACCUGACCUCAUAAUAUCAUCUACAUGCGAAAUUAUCCAAGAUAAAUGCUUUUACCAACUCAAAACUUUAUUUUCCUUUUCAUUUCAAGAAAAUCCUAACUUAACAACAAUUGGAGAGAAAAGUUUUUCUCACUGUACAAAUCUCACCAUAAUAAAUCUAUCAUCAUGCGCUAAACUUACAAAAAUAUCUUCUUAUGCAUUUUCUGGCUGCUAUAAAGUCAAUCAGAUACUUUUACCAGAAGGACUCCUUGAAAUUGAAGGUGGUGCAUUUGGAGAUAAUCAUCAAGUGACCAGUAUUAUCAUACCAGCAUCUGUUAAAAUAAUAGGAAUUUGGGCAUUUAAUGGCUGUUCUAAACUACAAAAUGUUACUUUUGAAGAAGGAUCAAAUUUAACUUCAUUAGAAUGGUAUGUAUUUGGUUAUACUGCAAUUACUUCUUUUCAAAUUCCAGAAAAAGUUUCUUAUCUCAAUGGACAAGCAUUUGAAGAUGGAAAAUUAAUAAAUUUUACAGUUCAUCCUAAUAAUAACUACUUAACAGUUAAAGAUUAUGUUAUUUAUUCAAAAGAUAAAAGUAUUUUGUUUUUUAUUUGUAACAAAACAGGAUAUGAAAUUCCAAAUUCAGUCACAACUAUUGGAACGUAUUGCUUUUCAUAUUCAACUAUUGAAACACUUAUAAUUCCAGAAAAUGUGAAAAGGAUUGAAGAUUAUGCUUUCUAUGGUUGUGAUAGUUUGAUAAAUGUUACUUUUUUAGGUCAAAUAGAUUACUUUGGUAGUUGGGUAUUUAGUAGCUGUGAAAAUCUUGAAUUAAUUAUAUUCCCUAAUUCACCAAUGACUGUUGGCGGAUCUUGGUUUGUUACAAAAUUUUCGCCAAAAGUCAAUUUGUCAUUCACUUGCAAAACUCUAUUUUAUAAUUCUCAAUAUAUUUCUUCAAUUCAAAGAAAUACAAAUGUUUCAAUUUCAUAUCUGAAUGAACCAAAUCUUAUUAUUACACCAAAUUGUUUGAUUAUGAAUUCUGAUCAAACCAUAAUUUAUGAAUAUUGGGGAUACAUACCCUCUUAUUCAUUUAUUAGUAUUACAAUUCCUAAAUCUGUCAAAAAAAUCAAAGAAAAAGCAUUUGAAAAUUCUAUAAUUUAUAAUUUUUAUUUCACAAAAGAUUCUCAAAUCACUGAAAUAGAAAAUGAUGCAUUUAGAAAUUGUUCAAAUCUGAGAUCAUUUAAUUAUUCAUUCCCUAAAUUACAAGCAUUAGGAAUGUCAUCAUUUAAAGAUUGCAUUAAUUUAGAAUCUUUUACAUUUUCAUCACCAAAUUUGACUGUUAUGAGUAAUGCAUUUGAGAAUUGCAGAUAUUUAAAGAAAGUUAGUAAUAUUAGAAAUAUUCCUGAUAAUUGUUUUUGUGGAUGUACUAAAUUAGUAGAAGUUACAAUUCGAGAAGGAUCAGAAUCCAUUGGAUAUAAAUCAUUUGAGAAUUGUUCUUCAUUAUUAUGUAUUAAAAUUCCACAAUCUUUUAAAAUUAUUUCCAAAUAUUCAUUUCUUUAUUGUAAGAAACUAAAAUCAAUUAUAUUCAGUGAAACAAACUCACUUGAUACAUUUUCAAUUAAUUCUAUUUCAGAAUGCGAAUCUCUUACAAAUAUCAGUAAUUUUUCAUCAGAAAAAUACAAAUGUAUUGAUAAUACUUUAUACUACAAAAACAAUAAUAAAUGGGAACUUAUUUUUCAUUUGAGUUCCUCAAAAGACAAAGAACUCAACAUUAGCUGCGAUGUUAUCUGUAGUUAUUCAUUCAAUUCGAGCAACAACAUUGAGAAAAUCAAUAUUACAUCAGAAAGUGUUUCUGUUAUUGAAAAACAUUCAUUCUACAACUGUUUAAAUCUGAAAUACAUCAAUUUCCCACUUUCAGUUUCAGAUGUUGAGAUUGAUGCAUUCCAUGAUUGCAAAUCCAUUCGAUGUCCUCUUAUUAUUGAGAACACAUCCACAGAUUAUCUUCAAAUGAUUGUUUCUUCAGGAAUUCCUGAAAGACUUAUGAUUUCAUGUCAUAUUGCACAUGUUUCGAAUAAUCUUUUAAAUCAUAAGUCUUUACGUUAUCCUUCUGCACAUCUUUUCUGGAAACAUCUUACUAAAUAA